UUUAGAGUUGACGAGUCAGUCAGUCGUGAGUGUACAAGUGCUGUGCUAACACAUAAUUCGAUCAAUUACUUUUGUUUAUAUUUAUCUUACAUCAUUGCAACAUCUUUUUUUUUUUUUAAUCGAUCUACUUAAGAAAGUCGACAGUAUUCACAAUGCAGAGUUUACAACCAAUCAUCAUCCUGCUAAUUUUUGUCUUCUCUUGGAAUCAAUUCGUGCUUCGACCAAUCAAUGCUUUUGGUAAUUUACGAAUAGUCUUUCAAUGGAAAGAAAUCGAAUAUGAUUGGCCGAACGAUGAUGUAAGGAAAUUAUUUCCGGAUUAUAAUCGGGAAGAUAAUCUUCCAUUGGGUUUGGAUUUUUCCAAUGGUAGGAUUUUCGUGACUGUACCAAGAUGGAAGCGUGGUGUUGCUGCCAGUUUGAAUUAUAUCAAUCUGUCUGAUAUACGAGAAUCACCACCAUUUACACCAUACCCAUCAUGGGAAGCUCACCAAUUUGGGAAUGGGGGUGGUGUACCAGAAUUGGUAUCGCCAUUUAGAAUAAGGGUAGAUCGUUGUCAUAGAUUAUGGGUACUCGAUACAGGAUUGGUCGAUAUUAUGGGAAAUCCAGAACAAAUAGUACCACCAACCCUUGUCAUUUAUGAUUUGAACGAUGAUAAAUUGUUGAGAAAAUAUGUAAUACCUAACGAUCAAAGAACAGCUGAUUCUUUUUUCGCAAAUAUUGCGGUAGAGGAUUAUAAUUGUGACGAUAGUUAUGCUUAUCUCGGUGACCUCGGUGCACCAGGAUUGGUUGUUUAUUCUUGGAAACUUGAUAAAUCAUGGCUGGUUAAACAUCACUUUUUCCAUCCUGAUCCUAAAAGUGGUAGUUUCAACGUAUCCAAUGUAUCAUUCGUAUGGACUGAUGGAAUAUUUGGUAUGGCCUUGGAACCAACUAAAGAUGGAUAUAGUACACUUUAUUUUCAUCCUUUAUCCAGUACAAUGGAAUUUACAGUUAGCACUAAACUUUUACGAGAUCCUGAACGUGUUAAUACUCCUGAAAGUUUUCAUGAAUUUCAACCAAUCGGUUCGCGCGGACCAAAUGGACAAAGCAGUGUUAGCUUUUUCGAUCCUAUAACAGGAGUCAUAUUUUAUGCAUUAACUAACUUCAAUGCUAUUGCUUGUUGGAGACCUAAAAAAAUGUUUGAUUUACAAGAACAGGAUUAUAUUUAUGAAGACAAUGUUACUAUGAUAUUUCCUAAUGAUUUGAAAGUUAAUGAGGGAAACAUUUGGAUUUUAUCCGAUCGUUUGCAAAUGUUCAUGUAUUCUCAUUUGGAUCCGAAUGAUUACAAUUACAGAAUUUUUAUUGGUUCGGCGAAUGAAUUAAUCGAAAAUACAGUUUGUUCCAAAGAUUAUGACAAGACGAUGGUACAUGUAAAUAAUUCUGGAAUAUCGUUCAUGGAUACAAACGAUUUAGUUCCUACUAUGCAUAAAGAAAGUGAAUUACAUCAUGGUGCAGGUGUCAAUUGUAUUCCAGAAAAACUUGGAUUAUUGAUCGUCUCGAUGUUACUUCUUCCAUUUUUAAUCAUAAAAAAAAAUACGAAAAUGUCGAAUAAGGCAAAAUUGAAAAGUUCAAUACCUGGUUUGGUUUAUCCAUUGGCACGAGAUGACAUGAUAAAGACAGCCUAUGAAUUUUUAAAAGGUCGAAUUAAACAAGAUGGUGCCGAAGGACUUUGGAGAAUAAGAAAUGGUUUAUACGAUUUAACAAAUUUUGCUAAAUCACAUCCCGGUGGUGCUGAAUGGAUUAAUCUUACCAAAGGUACUGAUAUUACUGAAGCUUUUGAGGCACAUCAUUUGACCGAUAAAGCGGAAAGAAUGUUACCCAAAUUUUACAUUCGUGACGCAACUGUACCCAGAACAAUACCAUUAACCUUUGAACCUAAUGGUUUUUAUCGUACUUUUAAGAAACGUGCAUUGGAAGCUCUGAAAAAUGUUGAUUUUCAUCGGCCAUCAUUGAAUUCUAAUCUCAUUGCUGAUACCUAUUUUACCAUUACAAUUUUAUUAUGCUUAGCUUCUGUUUAUUUUCAAUCAUAUUGGAAAUUUCUCGUGACGAUUCUUGCUGGUGCAUUUGUAUCAUGGACUACGGUCAUUGGUCAUAAUUAUUUUCAUAUGAGGGAUAAUUUUCGUAUGUAUUAUUUCGAUAUUAGUUGUAUGUCAUCGAAAGAAUGGCGAAUAACGCACGCCAUGAGCCACCAUCUUUAUCCAAAUACCAUUUGGGAUUAUGAGAUUUAUGCUUUUGAACCGAUGUUUAAUUGGUUACCUGAUAAAAGCAAAAGUAUCUUGAAAAUAAUUUUAUCUUAUAUUCUUACACCUAUAACUUAUACUCUGGUAUUUCUUGUUCAAGGAAUUAAAAGGUAUUAUUCAGUGAUAUGGGAAUAUAAAACUUUUGAAUUUAGAGAUAUAAUUCCAUUUUUUCUUCCAAUUGUUAUGUCACUUUUUGCCCCAAAUGUAUUAAUUGCAAUUAAAACUUGGAUAAUAAUUUUGUUGAUAAGUAGCACUUUGUUCAAUUUUAUCGGACUCAAUGCUGCUCAUCAUCAUCCAAGUAUAUUUCACGAUGGGGAUAUUUGUCGACAAAAUUUGGAUUGGGGUCUAUUCGAAUUGGAUGCUGUUAGAGAUCGUAAAGUUAUUGAUGAUAGUACUCUAUUAAUUUUAACUAAUUUUGGUUCACAUAGUUUACAUCAUUUAUUACCUAGUGUCGAUCAUUCUUAUUUAAGUUUAGCCAUGCCGGCAUUUUUACAAACUUGUCAAGAAUUUGGUAUUAAUACUGACAAAUGGACACAAUGGGAACUUGUUAAAGGACAAUUUCAACAAUUGGCUCGUACAGAAUCUAAAAUUAAUUACAGAUAACACAUGUAUUAUUUUAAUACAAAUUUAUAUUAGUAACUUAUCAACGUAGAAACUUUCAAUCGGUAAGGUAGAUUUGUAGGAAUUAAAAAA